UGCAAGAAAGGGUCCCCAUCUGAGGAUGUAGAGACGAGCUUUUAACGCCGUGGAGUGGGAGCACAGUGCUGCAGCCUCCCAGUCACCAGGGCUCUAGAAGUCCCAAGCAACCAGCACCUGACAUGAUCUCAGAGGAACAAGCUCCUGUUAAUUUUGUAAACCGAACUGAGUAACAUGAUGCUCCCAACAUGCAAAUGAUUUCAGAUGGAAACAAAUUACACAUCAGAAAUGACAAUGCUGAUAACAGUAUCAUCCUCCACCCAGCCUGUCUCCAACCAGCACCCCCUCUCUCCCCCUCCCACGCUGCCGAAGCCGGGGAAGGACAACCUGCGGCUGCAGCGGCUGCUGAAGAGGGCGGCCAGGAAGAACGCCAUGCUGGCCUCGGAGCAGGGCAAGGCCUUCCGCUCCAGCCUCUCGCCCGUCAGCGAGGCCAGCCCCGACCAGGAGCGUGCAGAGAGCCCCGGCCCCGCGGCAGCCCCUCCCGAGCCCAGGGCAGAGCGCCCCGGCCCCGCGGCGGCCCCUCCCGAGCCCAGGGCAGAGCGCCCCGCGGCCCUGCCAGCCCAGCUCUCCGCCAGGCCCGCCCAGCCCCGCGCCCCCUCCCCGCUCCGCAAGGGAAAGCCCUUCACGCUGAAGGUCACCGAGCAGCGGCGCAUCGCCGAGCACGUCAGGCUCACCGCCUGCUCGGCCAUGCCCCUGCUGCACAAGCCAGGGGCUCCUGAGACUCCACAGCAGCCUGAGGGCUCCCACCUUCCCUCUCCGUCUGACCCUUCCGUGCCUGCUUUCCCCCAGCCUCCUCCUUCCAACGCAGCCAGUAAAGAACGGGCACCGGAGGUUACCUGUGUCACCAAGGUGAACACGUAUUUCCACAGUGUCAAGCCACCCAGGGCUAAGACUCCCACACCAAACCCGACCCAAGGAACUGUCAGCCAUGAAGACACAAGGCCUACCUCCCCAGCGCCUCAAACAAGCAGCUCUGAACCGUCUCCAGAGCAGACACCCACCUCACCUAAAGACAGCAAGGUCACUCCCCCCUCACCAAAACCUGCCCUCCUUCCUGCUGCCGAGACAAAGCCUCCUGAUCAAGCUCCCAGGCCUGUUCCUACUGAGAAGCCCAGCACAUCUGAUGCCCACACCAAUAAGCCUACAACCCAUGGCAGUGACACCGAAAUACCCGGCUCCAAGACGCCUCCUGAAUUACCCAAGCAAGACAGAGACACCCUAAACCCAUCAACAUCCAGUGCUCCCUGGAGACAAGCACGCCCAGCAACAGCGACUCCAGCACAAGCUGAUGGCACCGGGUCCACCUCCACAGACUCCAAGGCAAAACACAUCCCUGAACAGAUGACUCCCAGCUCACCCAACAGCAGCUGUCCCCCCAAGGCUGAGCCAGCACCACCAUCAGUAGAAGCACCAAGACCUCCUGGAGCCAGUGCCUGGCAUCGCCUCAAGAAGCACUUGAUGGUGCAGCCAGAAGCAACCAACUUCCCAGAGUCCAAGCCAGAAAAGCUGGGACAGGAGGAAGGGAAUAAAGAGGAUGCUGCUCAAGCAGUCAUCAAGCAAGACUGCACACUGGUUAAAUCGAAAGCCACGAGGAUGUGGGAUGCCAUUUUAUACCAGGUGGCACUCACCAAGGAGAGGAAGCAACGAGCAGAAGAGAAGAAGCCACAGAAGGAAGAGAGCAUUUUUCUUCCCCGCCGCUUGCCCAUCCUCCUACACAAGCCACGCUUCGACGCACGGAAGUUGAAGGAACUGGCUGCCAAACCCAUGACAAAGAUCAGCACCGUGUUCGAGGUGAGCCGCUUCCGACCCAGGGGGGCCGAGGAGCACAGCAAGAGCUUCAACAGAACGGCGUCAGGAUGGUCGGUCAACUGAGGCCAGGCUGCUCCACGCCUCUACAGGGGCACCAACCACCCAGUUUACAGGCAAGUGUAAGGGAAAAAAGGAAAUUAAAUAAAACCCCUCCAAGCCAGCAGCCCCAUGCUGCAGGUUUAAGGGUUACUCUCCAUACAUUCAAAAGCUCAAAUGCGUAACUACCAUGUCCACAGGUCACAGGAAAACAAACAUGCUUGUUUUUAAAAGUCAACAAUCACUGGAUGCAGUAAGAGAGUGAAGGCACACACUGAAGAGGACAAGCUGCCUAUAGAAGAUCAGUUUAGAGUAAGAUAAAGGAAUUGGAAUUUUUUUGUUGCAUUUAUCUAAGAGAUAGAUACUAGGAACAACAGCGGUUGCAGAUGAGAUGAAGGAAUCUGGGUUGCUCCACAUCUCUAGGGGACUUAGAAAACAAACUCAAAGGGGAUGAACAUAAUCUCUAUAUUCUCUACAGAAAGUCUACCCCAUGCUCAUUUUCUGAAAACAAAAUGGAAGAGCAUCCUUCCACCCAAAGCACAGAGAAGAGAGUAAGAUAUCCUGUUGUCACCAAGCAGCUCCUCUGCCUAGCAAAAUGGGCAUCAUCUGACAUCCUCCUAGGCCAGUCUACUAAAUAAUAAUGCAAAGAAGAAUAAUUUUGUUUCAGUAAUCAAGUUCUGUUAUGUAUUUUACCAUGUUUUCUCCACAACAGCUGAUGGUUAAUGUUUCCACGAUAGCCAACAAGACCCUGCUUUAGCAUAUGGGUAUCCAAUUUGGUAUUUAACAAGGUGCUGGUUUCUGAGGGGUUCUGCUAACCACAUGGAGUCUCGUUUUUAGGGCAAACAUCAUGACAGUUGCACACUUGCUUGUCCCUGAUGUCCUAAAAAAAAGGCAUUGAAAGGAAAAUCCCCAACUCUGCCCACCCACAGACAACUGGGCUUUCCAGUAUGACCCUUUACAACUCCACUGCCAGCAGGCUUAUGAGGAUGAAAGCUGGGAGAUGGGUUAUUUCUGUUUCACAAGGGAUUUGAUCACAUGCUGGGGUAUUCCUAUACAGCUAAUAUAGGAGUGCUAUGUUUAGUCCAAAAGGAAUAUAAAGAGCUGCCUACAGAGUUUUCUUUUCCAUGUACAGAGGAUAUGGAACUGACCAACUGUUCCUCAAGCCAAACUGCAAACAGACUUAGAAACAAAACAAAGAGCCCCUUUUGCCUUUUUUUGAAGUCUUCCUGUUUUGCAGUGAUGCUAUAAGAGCAGUUCAUUUAGCAAACCUUCAAUUAAGUUUUCACUUUACCGGUCUUAUCUCUAUUCUGUAACCCCUUCCCUGCUUGAAACACAAAAAUCAAGUAGGAAGAAUAGCCCAAUUAUCUAAAGUGGGGAUUUCUUCAAACCCCCAGUUUUCAAAGAAAAAGGUAAAAAGAGGUUGGAAAUGUGUCAGUAAUCACAAGUGAAUCCUAGGUAAGCCUCUGCAGGAAAACUUAACAUUGCUGCAAGAGAAGGCUACAGAGAAACAUCCAUGCAGCAGCACAAACAAAAAAUCUAAAGAGUGCAGCAUAAAACAUGUAAUGCAGAUAAAGGCAACCUUACCAGAGAGUGAUAAAUGGCACCUUACUGCAGCACAGCCAGAUGGAUGCCUCUGCACAAAGGUCUGUAUGCACAAGAGCCACAGCACUAGCAUGAGGCAGAGCACCCAACAUUGAUUACAUUUGGGAGACUAAGCCAAGGUGGAUUAAGAAGCACUUGUGCUUUAAAACAGCUUUUGUCCUGCACCAAGGACAAUCACCCAAAGCAAACCAGCAACUCUCACCUCACAGGCUUUUGCACCUGCUUGGCUUCCAAUCAGGCUGCAUUCACACCCAGCCCCACUGCACAUGGAUGAAGGAUGGGGAAAUGCUGCUGGGGAGAGCAGUUCCCACAAGGAGACAGAGGAAGGCAGAUCUAGGUACAUAGAUUAGCCCUUUUACCCCAAAAGCAAAGAGCAGAGGCACACAGCAAGCAUGGCAAGUCCUGCAGAGAAUCACAGACACCUCUGUAGGCAACAUGGCUGUUCACUGAAGUCAUUGUGGUGGGCUCCAGCCUGAGCUGCUGUGCUGAGGAAGAGAAGAAGAAUGCUACUGGGCACAGAAUUCAGAAUUUGCCUAUUUUUCAAUGCCAAAUGGCAUCAGGCAGUUGCUAAGAAGCCCAAACUGACACUUGGAGAAAAAAAAAAAAACUUAUUCCAUACCCUGCAGCGAGGUCCUACAGCCCAGGAAGGGAGGGAGAAAAAAAAAAAAAAAGAGAAGACCAACCACACCUGUGUUUAAGCAACUAGAAAGCUGUUAAGGUGGUGUAAAGCAAGUGACAGGGGUGAGCCAGAAGGGUUUGAGAGCAAGAAGGCCAUGACAGUGAUCCAGCAGUAGGGAAAAAGGAUGAGCAUAGUUCAAGGUGGUAUAGAGGAGCUGGGGAGCAGGGAGCUCACAGCAUAUAAAACAGACAGGUAAGAACAUAAGAACAGAAAUAAGCUCCUCCAGCUAUCACAGCCAUUUUGCUAUUCACAGCAAAAAAAACUCCAAUGCUUCCAUGAGAACAAACUCAGAGAACAACAGUGCUGUGCCAUGGCUGCUUGGAGCGCUGCAUGGAUCCUAGAGGACAUCCUGUGAUAGUGCCUUGCCUUUCAGGAAAGGAUGCUGGACAAAGACCAGAGCCAAAGGCACUUUCAUUUGAGCAGCUUAGAGAAACUCAUGUAGGGCAAACAAAACCUGCUGACAGCCUAGCAAAACCUGUUUGCUGUAGAGAGCUGAAGCUCAGUAGGUUCUCAUUUAGUACACUGAAACAGACUUUGGGAGAAAGAGGAGACUGAUCAAAGGGGAGACCUUAUAACAGGUUUCUUCAAAGUCACAGGCAGAGAAGCAAGCUAAGGAUGCAAGCUCUGUGGACUAAAAACAUAGCUUCGGGCAGUCUUGGGCUUGUCCUGCUGCCCAUCUCAAAGUAGCAUUCAAAAGGGCGUCUCCUCUAAAUGGGCACUACAAAAGGGAAAAAAAAAAAGCCUAAACAAACAAAACAAUAUGCAACACUCAGAAGCCAGCUCCUUAAGGGUGGGAGGGAAGGAGUGGAAAGAAGGAACACAGGCCCCAGAAGAAUUCAGAAACAAAAGGUGUUUUGUAGCAGGCAGAGCUAUUUUAACCUUGGCAAUGAAAUAAAGCUUCUUUUUUACAGUAGGGAAAAAAAAAAAAAA